AAUCUUCCCAUCAUGUCUGCCCGGACAAAGCUAUUUCUGCCGCUGCGCGGACGCGUUGUCGCCCGAUCUUUCUCGGUCUCCCGUCCGCGAUGGGAGGCUGCCCCGCUACCUGCACGAAAGCCAGUUGGAGCGUUUCGAGGAGGCGUUUUCGGCUUUCUGACCGGUGCGGUUGUUGCCGGUGCAUCUGUCUACUACUACAUUCUCGGGGAUUAUCGUGUCGCAAAUGAGAUGCUGUCAGAUGAUAUCUCGGUAAGCACUCUCUUCAUAUCUUUCGCAACACUCGCUCUUCAAUCCGCCACGAUCAAGCUUCAGUCCUAUAUUUCAGAACUGGAAGCUCGUGUAGACCAGUUGAAGAAAAAGAAAUAA